GAUAAUACUGAAUCAGAAACCCUAGCGAGUGUGAGAGCCAUAGCGAUUACCCUCUUUCAUCAGUGCGCCCAAAGCCUCUCACCUUGCUUCAACAAUGGCGGCCGCGAGGACUGUGAAGGACGUUUCACCUCACGAGUUCGUGAAGGCCUACUCGGCUCAUCUCAAACGAUCUGGCAAGAUGGAGUUGCCUGAGUGGGCGGAUAUUGUGAAGACUGCUCAAUUCAAGGAGCUGGCUCCUUAUGACCCUGACUGGUAUUAUGUGAGAGCUGCCUCCAUGGCAAGGAAGAUCUACUUGAGGGGAGGUCUUGGUGUUGGUUCUUUCCGAAGGAUUUACGGAGGGAGUAAGAGGAAUGGAAGUCGUCCACCCCAUUUCUGCAAGAGCAGUGGUGCUGUUGCACGCCACAUUCUAAAGCAGUUGGCGAAUAUGAACAUCAUUGACGUUGAGGCCAAGGGUGGGAGGAAAAUCACCUCAACGGGCCAGCGGGAUCUCGACCAAGUUGCUGGAAGGAUUGUAGUUGCUCCUUGAUCAAUGAAUUGAUUGAGGUCUGGUAGAGGUGUCUUUUCUUUUUUGCUUUAAGAAAUGUGGUAACAAAGCGUGUGCUAGACAAUUUUUUAUUCCUACUGCCGAAUCUUUACAAAGACACAUUGUCAGUAUUUAAUUUUGGAGUUUUGUUGCGUCGACAUAUUUAGUUUUAUUAAAUUCGGAUUACUAUGAUA